AUGGCGAGUGAGACCCCGGAGCCCACUCGUGACACCGGGGAUGUGCCAAACCCCGCGGGGUCCCGUCCGCACAGGACCGGGGGUGCGAACCGUCCCGGGGCCUCCGAGGAACACGGAGCGGCGGGGGCUCCACGGGCAGACCCUUCCCGAGGCCGCGACCCCCGCCCGCCUCAAAGUCGCGACCUCGGGCCCGACCCCGCAGCGGCCGCGACCCCCGGCCCGGCGUGGCCUCCUCAGAGCCGCGGCCCCCGACCCCUUCCCACCCCAGAGCCGGGGCCCCCUCAGAGCCGCGGCCUCUUCAGAACCUCGAUCCCCAGCUCGGUGCGGCCCCCUCAGAGCCGCGGCCCUCUGAGUCGCGAGCCCUUCAGAGCUGCGAACCCCUCACAGCCGCGACCCCUGACUCCCGCCCACCCCACUCAGAGCCGCGACCCCCUCAGAACCUCGACUCCCUCAAGCCGCGACCCCCUGAGAAUCUCGACCCCCAGCUCGGUGCGGCCCCCACCCACCCCUCAGAAUCGCGACCCCCCCAGAGCUGCGACCUCCGACCCACGCCCACCCGUCAGAGUCGCGACCCCCUCAGAGCCGCGGCCCCGACCCCCGCCCACCCCAGAGCCGCGACCCCCUCAGAACCUCGACCCCCUCAAAGCCCGCGGCGCCCCCCGCACCAAUGGCGGCGCGGCUCUGGGAAGCCCCGCCCCGGGGCGGGGCGUGGCCGGGGGGGGGCGCCAUGCGCCGUGUCAUGGAGGCGCAGUGUGCGGGCGGCCAUUGACGGUGCCGGAGCUGCUGCGGAGCGGCGCGGCCGGGGCGGCCCCGGCGACCCCCGACCCACUCCCGGCGCGCUCCCGGCGCCCGCCGCAGCCGCAGCGACCCUCGCGGCCGCUCUAG